AUGGUCGUUUCCGAUUUCCUCAACCUCACUGACGCAGAGUACGCCUCCCGCAUUCGGGGCUAUUCAGACAGCCAGUUACAUGAACAACUGAAAGUAAAGGGCACACAAGUCAAAGUCGGUCGCGCAGUCAAGAUCUCCGGUGCCCUAUUCAGUUUAACGGGAAAACUAGUGGGAAAUGUCAUCGACGAUGACAUUGUUGUUCCUAUGGUUCUUGGCUCAAUUUCCAGAGCCGGUGGACGUCGGGUCGUUUUGUCAACACAGAAGAUACGACUCAUCCAAGAAGAGCUCCAAAGACGUCAACUGGAGCACGAGAAGAUUCAAGAUGUUGUGGAGGCGCCUCCAGCGUACGAGAAAGCGAUUGUCCGCGAGACUAGGAAUGCCGACUCUAACAAACUGAUAGUCUGUGAGACUCGGAACGACGACUCGAACAAAGCGAUAGUCCGCGAGACUAGGAACGACGAUUCGAACGUCGCUAUGAGGGAAGCGACCCACCCAACUUUCGGCCAUAAUCAACCCCCACGAAAGAAAAUCGAUCAUGUUCAUACAAGAGGAGGAUCACCGAAGUCUCGCAGUUUCCUGGCAUUUCGAGGCAACUUGUGGCUGUUAUUUUGGAUGAUGAUUGCUUUGAUAGCUAUUUUUCGGCCGUUUUGA